GCAUCACGAUUUUCAAUAUUAUGAACAGGAAUUAUGUUUAACGGAUUUUGAAUUAAAUUCAAGUAAAAUAUGGAUUAUGAGAGGGGAGAAGAAAAGCAAGAUACUACUGUAACAGAUCAUACGAAUAUAAAUACGACUUCGGCAAACGAAGAUGACUCAGAUGAUUAUGAAGAUUUCCCUUGUCCAAACGAUUAUCAACGUACAACUAGACAACCAGAAUAUGGUAGAGGAACUGGAAAUCGAAUAGAUGAAAUGUCUAGACCUACAAAACGAAGACUUUUGGCUUUAUACGAACAAUAUGGACGGUCAUUAUCACCAAACAGGCUGAGAAAUGUGAAACAAAUGCUUGAAGAAAUGUUUUGCAUGACUCCAGAACAAACAGAAAAAUACUUUCAAGAAUUACGAGAAGAAGCGGAGAAUCGAAAACGUUUACGAAAACUACGACGCAAAGAACAUUUACGGUACAAGAAACAAAAAUCUCGCGAACGAAAAGCAAAAGUUCGUUUGAAGGUAAUUUGUAUUUUACGUGAUUGUAUGAUUAAAGCGUACAACACACCCAUGCAGAUUUUGAUGAGCGAACGAUUACGCCAAGUAUCGAAUGUGUGUUUAGCACAACUUUGUGAUAUUCUAUGUAGGAAAAUUCCUGACAGAGAUUCACAAGAUCGAGUCUCACGUUUAUUGAUAGCAUUCGCCGAUUGGAUGGCAUAUUGGAUUGAAGCGAUUGCAUACGAUUUAGAAACGUAUAAAUUAGAUGAUGAUAAUGUGAGCGCUGUUGAUGUAGUUGAAAGCCCAGGAAAAGUUAAAAAUAAUUUUGAUUCGGAUCCAGCUUACAAUAAAUUUGAUACAGAUAGAAUAGAUAUCACUUCUUUAACUGAUUAAAGGGUCAAAAAUGUUUGUGUUUUUUUGUAACA